CGCUAGGGCCGUCGAGCCUCGCCCUGCUCCCGGCCCUUGUCUCCAUUGUCUCGCCGCCGCUCCGCCGGACGGUGCCCUUCCUCCUGCUCCUUGGCCCUGGGAGCUCCGGGAUGCGGAGUCCGGCGCUGCUGCUGCUGCUGCUGCUGCUCCCGCUGGCCCUGCUGGGCGCCCUGCUGUGCGCCGCCUCGGGCGCCGGGGAGCUGCGCGGCGGGUCGCGGAGCUGCGCGGAGAGCCGGCAGGUGCUGGCGGGGCGCGGCUUCGCCCUGAGCUCGGUGCCCCCCAGCCUCAUCUCCGGAGAGCACCUCCGCAUCUGCCCCCAGGAAUACACGUGUUGCGCCAUCCAGACGGAGGAGCGCCUGAGCCAGCAGAGCCCCGGGGACCUCCAGCGCCCGGUUUCGGAGGCGGCGGCCUUCCUGCUCAGCUCCCUGGGCUCCCGACAGCGCCGCUUCCACGAUUUCUUCCGGGAGCUGCUGGCCGGGGCAGAGCGGUCCCUCCAGGCCAUGUUCACCCGGUCCUACGGGCGGCUCUAUGCCCAGCAUGCCCGCCUCUUCCAGGGCCUCUUCGCUGAGCUGCACCGGCACCUGCAGGGAUCCCGCCCCGGACUAGACGAGGCCCUGGGCGACUUCUGGGCCCGGCUCCUGGAGCGGAUGCUGCCCCUCCUCAACCCCCAGUACAGCUUCCCCGAGGGCUACCUGGACUGCGUGGGGCGGCAGGUGGAGGGGCUCCGGGCUUUUGGGGAGAGCCCCCGCCAGCUCCGAAUCCAAGUGACUCGGGCCUUUAUUGCGGCUCGGACCUUUGUGCAGGGCCUGGCAGCUGGACGUGACAUCGUUGCCCAGGCCAUCAAGCUCUUUCCCAGUGGGGAGUGCCGCCGUGCCCUCACGCGCCUCUUCUACUGCCCGCUCUGUCGGGGGACCCCAACCCUCAAACCCUGCAAUGGGUUCUGCCUCAACGUCAUGAAGGGCUGCCUGGCCAGCACCAUCGAGAUGGACAAUGCAUGGGGACGCUUCUUGGAUGCAUUAACUCAACUUGCAGAGCGCCUCGGGGGUCCCUUUAACUUUGAGCUGGCAGCUGACUCUAUUGGUGUGAAAAUUUCUGAGGCCAUCAUGUAUCUACAGGAGCACAGUGUAGCCACCUCAGCCAAGGUGUUCCAGAGCUGUGGCAGCCCUCGCCCUGCCCCUGCCCGCUCCCGCCGUGCACCACGUGAGGAGACCCCACGCCGCUUCCGCACUUUCUCACCCGAGGAGAAGCCCACCACAGCAGCAGGAACCAACCUGGACAGGCUGGUUUUAGAUGUCAAGGAGAAGUUGCGCCUGAUGAGGCGCUUCUGGGUGCUGCUCCCCCACACUCUCUGCAGCGAUGAGAAAGUGGCUGCUGAUGUCACCAAUGAGGAUGGCUGCUGGAACGGUCAGGCAAAGGGAAGGUACCUCCCCGAUGUGACGGGGGACGGGCUGGUGAACCAGAUCAAUAACCCCGAGGUGGAGGUAGAUAUUUCCCGCCCAGACCUGCCCACCCGCCAACAGAUCCUUGCCUUGCGUGUGGCUACCUCUCGCCUGGUGGGGGCUUGCAAUGGGCAGGAUGUUGAUUUCCAAGAUACAGGUGAGGCUCUUCUCCCUGCACGGUCCCAUCUUCAGCCUCCAGGGCCUCUUUUGGUGGAGCCAAAGGAUCCCUCCGGUACUCCCCUCAGCGAUGCCAUGUGCCCUGAGGCACAUAAGGGGGGUCCCAACACUCAACCCUAUCCCCCCCUGCUUUCUUUUCCAGAUGAGGAUGGUGGCAGCGGAUCUGGUGCUGGGUACAAGGAAGACCAUCCUGCACCUUCAGGGUCAGGAGGAGUGAGUGCAGGGGGGGUCCUGCUGGGGGUGUCCCACCCGUCUCCUGAUGUCCAGGUCCCCCGUAGAGACCGUCCUGGCAAGGGCUCUUCCUCCCGGCAGAACCAGAGUGGGGGGAGGGCCAGAAGUGGGGCUAGGCCCUCCCUCCUCACAGCCCUGAGCCCCCUGAUGCUCCUGCUGUUCCUUUCUCUUGAGGGUUGGUGACAGAGGGGCUUCCUGCUUAGGGCAUCAGCCGUCCCCCUCCGCGAGGGGAAGCCUUUGUUUUCAUCUAAUCAGAGGGGAGCUGGAAGAGUCCCCUUCCUUCAUGAACACUUGACUGAGUGGGAGUGGGAAAGGGAUGGGGAAUUCAGUUCCAUAGGGAUGAAAAUGUGGGGCUGGUUCAAUGAGUGGGAGAGGGAAAGGGUUUCCAGGGGGUGGGAGAGAGGGGCCGCAAGGGCCUUGAAAUGAGUCCUUUGAAAAAUGUAUAGA